AUGAAAUAUAUCUUUUCCUUAUUUUCUUAACCUCUUUAACAUCACAUCCCGUAACAAUAUAAUUCCCUCUUACUGGGUUGGGAAAACAUGUCUUUAACAGACAGGAUCUAAUAAUUCUACUAUUGCAUUUAUUGUCACAGCUAGCAAAGCUGUCUCAGCCCAGGAGAGACCUCAGAAUACUGAAUGUCCUCUUUAACCACUGAUCUCAGAGAGAUUGGUAUGGCUUUUAUCAGUCUGUUAUAGUCCUUAACAGAACACUGGAGUUGGAAUUUCUCUCAGAAGUCCUCAUGCUGUAACACAUUUCCAUUCCCUUUGGUACCCCAUUACUCUAAAUACACUUUUCUGCUGAGCAAUAUGUAUCUAUUGUUCCAAACUGGAGGGUUAUAUGGUGUGAAAUCAUGUCAAUAUAUUAAUUUCCAGUAGAGAAAGACCUGCUAAUGGAAAGCAGGGAGUUUAACCGGCGCUCCAUCUUAAAAAUCAAACACACCAAAGAAAGCAUCCUUGUAAGAAAUAAAUAUACAGAAACAGUAGCUGGUUUUGGCCGCCAGGGGGCGCCUCGAGGCCGCAGUGUGUUGUUUGGGGGCUGGAACAGAGACCCGCCGCCAUCUUUAAUUUCCUCAGUUCUUCCCUGGUAGGUGUGUUAGCUGUUAGACGGAUUAGCAGGCAGCGAACUGACGGCACAGAAAACAUGGGAAGAAAGAAGAAAAAGCAAAUGAAGCCUUGGUGCUGGUACUGCAACAGAGAUUUUGACGAUGAAAAGAUCCUCAUUCAGCAUCAGAAGGCCAAACACUUCAAGUGUCACAUCUGUCAUAAAAAGCUGUACACUGGCCCUGGGCUUGCAAUCCACUGUAUGCAGGUGCAUAAAGAGACCAUUGAUGGAGUCCCUAAUGCUAUACCUGGAAGAACAGACAUUGAGCUGGAGAUAUAUGGCAUGGAGGGUAUUCCUGAAAAAGACAUGGAAGAGAGAAGAAGAGUGCUAGAACAGAAGAAUCAAGAGACCCAAAAGAAAAAGCAGAACCAGGAUGACUCCGAUGAGUACGAUGACGAUGACGAGCCUGGUCCCUCUUUCCAGCAGCCUGCAGCAGGCCAGCCACAGACAGGCUACAUACCCCCUAUGACCCAGCCUGGCAUGCCUCCUGGCUCUGCUGCUCCAGGGAUACCACCAGGCAGCUACUCAGGAAUCCCCCCAAUGAUGCCAGGUGUGCCACCCAUGAUCCCAGGAAUACCUCCUGUAAUGCCAGGAAUGCCUCCAGGGAUGAUACCAAUGGGUGGGAUGAUGCCUCCAGGUCCAGGGAUGCCUCCAAUGAUGCCAGGUGUGCCACCAGGCAUCCCUCCUCCGGUGGGCCAUCGUCCAGGCAUCACACACAUGGCUCAGGUUCCCCCUGCUGCAAACAUGCUGGCUAGACCUGUUGUUCCUGCUGCCACUGUCUCCUCAGCCCAGCCCGAUGUCACAAAGCCUCUUUUCCCCAUUGCUGGACAGAUGGGCAGUCGCGCUGCAAGCACAAGUGCAGGCUCAUCGAGUGCAGACUCUCAGUCCGCCUCCCCUAAAGCUCUGUUUCCUAUCACAUCACAAAGUCAGCAGUCAGGGUCCCCCCACCCCUCCCCCUCUACUUCCUCUGAUCCCUCAAAGCCCACAUUCCCGGCCUACACCCAGGCCACCGUAGCUGUGGCUAGCCCCAAUGCUGGCAGCAGCACGGUCUCUAAACCUCCCUCUACUGUGACCAGUAAGCCUGCCACCCUCACCACCUCCAGUGCAACCAGUAAGUUGAUCCACCCUGAUGAGGAUAUCUCACUGGAAGAGUUGCGUGCUCAGUUGCCGAGGUACCAGCGCAGUAUUCCCCGCCAAGGCCAGGCCGCCGCUGCCACCCCAUCAGUGGGUCCCAUGGCGGGCAUGAUGGCUCCACAGCAGCCUGGCAUCAGGCAUCCCAUACCUGGCCAGUAUGGUGGCCCACCUCAGGGGAUGCCAGGCUACAUGCCAGGAGGGAUGCCUCCAUAUGGACAGGCACCUCCUGUGGUUCCCCCAGGGUACCAGGGAGCCCCUCCACGGCCACCCAUGGGUAUGAGACCCCCCGUCAUGUCUCCUGGAGCCCGCUACUGAAGCCUGCCCUCCUCUCUUCAAUAGGUUUGGACACUCAACCCUUUUCUAAUGUCCUCAGCUGCUAGUAGACAAACCAGUAUUGGUAUUAUAGUACCACGACGUACUGUUUAUUCUACUACUGAGCUAUGAGGAAGAGACACUGAAUAAACAGCAAACAAAAGAGCUAUUAAAGCAUCACAUGGGAAAUAUUUACACUGUACCUAACCACGACUAUGAACUGUUUCAAACCAUCUCUGUUCUGUGGCUUUUUUUCCUUCUCAUGUUUCAUUCAGGUGUAUAGAAGUGUAGUAGAUAUGGUUCGUAGUGUUGUGAAGGCGCUGGAGUUACAUGGGCAGUACCCACCCUUUAUCAAGGCAAGUUUUAUGUAAAUACAUUUCUGUUUUACGCUAAAGAGUGAGGCCUUCACAGCACGUAGUGCUGUUGGACUUUGUGUCCCCAACUUUGUUUGGUGAGGGCUUCAAAUAAGUGUUGAUGCAUCCUUUGUUUUAUGUUCAUAGUUUUACUGAGGGAAUACUCCCAUAACCUUAAAUAGUGGAAGUACUAAAUGAAAUGCUAUAUGUAUUGUUGUAAAACUGUAUUGUAAUAAAAUGUGGCAAAAAUUUAAGACUCUUCUUUGCGGGACGUUAGUGGGAAAAGAGACGUCACAGCAGGUUUGUACCCAGUUGUAAACAUGAUUGUGCUUUUAUUGUCUUUAAGAUGAAUAAUAACAGAAAUGACUGUCUGUACUUUUAGUUUUUUGUUGAGAUUGAAUUGAAAAAUGUUGGCUGUAAGAGGUGUAUAUGUAUAUAUUUUUAAAAAUGGAUGCUCUGUACAUGGCGAGUGCACUGUACAGCUGCAUAACUUCCGGGUCGCUGCUGGCUGUAGUGCUAAAACCCAGAUUUCUCUUCUCCCUGUAGCGAUGCCAUGGGGGACUGGCUGAGGCCCUGUCUCAGUGUAGCCCUGUUUCAGCCUGAGGCAAGUCUCACCAUUUUCUGUCUUCUCAUUCAUUACCAGGGGCCCUCACAGCUUACAUGCUGUUGGAUCUCAAUGUCCCCAAACUUGCAGCAAGUUUGGUGAAGGCCCUUGUUUGUGUUGUUGCGUUUAGGCACCAUUUUCUUCAGGCAUGUUAGCUCAUGUGAGUUAUGUUCUUUACUGUUAAGCUCUUAAUGUGUCAUUGAACCUGUAUCCUCCAUUCUUGGUCGGUGAGAGCAUCAGGAAGCUUGGUUUUCAUUGAAUAACUUCAUACUCAAAGUAUGGAGCUUUUAAAUGAAACUGUAUUCCUUUAGGAGCUAACCAGUCCUACAGUCCACAGCAGUUUACUGUCUGAAAUAUGUAUGAUGUGGUCAAAUACUGUAUCACAGACAUCAUUAACAGCCUGUCACAUACAGCCAUAUGCAUAAAUGUUUGUUGGGAGGUUUGUGAUGAACACAUGACUUUUCGUAUGCUUGUAAAAUGGCUUUACCACUUAAUCCUGUUUGUUCCAUCAGCUGCCCUCACUUGAUCAUUUGAAUUUAACUACUUACAUGAAGGAGAAUCCCUACCAGUAACAGGUUAGUUAAAGCUGUAAGUACCACUGCUGUAAUUUUAAUUUCCGUCGACCUGUGUUUUGUGUGAGCACUAAAUCAGACCUCGCCGUCUGUCCCCAAGAGGUCUUUUGAGAAACAAAGAGAAAGGUCUAAUAAAUCAUGGUUGAUACUUACGUGUGCAACACAUUUCUUUCCACCAGUGCUUAAUGUAAUCAGCUUCUCAGCAUAUUUUUGGAGCAGAUAACCUCAAAUGUAACUGAUUUAAUGUUUUCCACGAGUCAAGGCCUUUGCACACCAAGUUUGCAUUUUUUUUAAUGUUCUCUGAUAAAAAUCAUUAGCUACGGAAACCUUGCACACUGAGCAGGGUGUCUACAGGUUCUUAAAAAAGUCUGAAACUAAGUUCUCUUAAUAUGAGGCCUUAAAAAGCCUCAAAUUGUCUUACAUAUUUUCGGUCAUAUUACUGCAAAAAUUCCUCCAGCCUGACAGACCCAGUGACUGAUCAUGGGACAGACCGAAGAAUUACAAUAAUAAAUCGCAUUUAUGAUGGUGAUGAGAUUUAGUUUUCUUUUUACGUUAAACACAUUAAACUUCAACUCACCCAUUUUUCCUUACUGUUCAUUUUGAACUGACAUCAGUGUGUUUACUUGCAGGUUUGGUCUUAAAUUUCAUACAAGGUGGUGGUAAAAAGGCCUUUAAAUGUAUUAACUUUAAUUUGGUUGUAUCUGUAGACACCCUGCUGAAACUGAGGUGUUAUUGUUUCACUGGUUGAGAAGACACAUUUCCUCCCUUGCUUCUUUCCACUGGAGAUCGAGCUGUCCUCCCUCUCUGUCUCCUGUCACUCUUUUUUUUUUUUUUUUUUUUAAAUUUGUGUGUGAUCUUCACCCUCCUUUUCGUCAUCAUCAUCCACCUGAAUAUUACUAUGUGGCCUGUUGAAAGUAGGAUGAGUUAUGACAUUGUGCGCCCUGUUCUCUGUCUUGUUGUGGAUGUGUUCCACAGGUUGCGCCACAUUUUCUUCACUGCCUCUGUCAGACAGGCCUCCAAAGGCUUUUGGCAGAUGUGGGGGAAAAAACAUCUAUUUAAAUUUAUUUUUAAACGUGCAACAAUUUCAGAUGAAAAAUUAGAACGUGGUGUGCAAAGGCCUGUAACACAGGCAGUCUUCACUGGUAAGUAUGGGCACAUCACUUUAGGUCAGUAUGCUGACAGGAGAGUGGCACGUUUUGCACAGUAAAAUUUUGUCCACACACUUUUUUUCUCAACGUAAUAGGUACUUUGCAUUUUUGAAUGUGCAUUGUUUUCUUUUGUAUGUGGCUACUUUUGGAGGACUUGAAGAAUAAAGUAUAGAAGUUUAUUGCAUUUGUAAAAUGCCACCAUGUUGUGUUUGGUUAAGUCUGUUUAGCUGUUAAAUCAAAAGAUUGCACCUACCUACUUCAUGCAACCUCUGCAUAAGCGAGUGCUCCAUUCGGGCCACCUCAGUCAAGAACGUUUGGACACGCCCUUUUUUUUUGCUUAAACUUUGGUGUGUAAAGAAAUCAAAUCAAGGUAAUACAGUUUGUUAGAUAUCACAAAAAAAUCUAUCAGGCUUUGACAUCAAGAAUAGAGUUGUGUGAAAAUAAACAUUUUCCUCAGUUUAUAGUUAUUUCAUAUUUUUAGAAUGUGAUGGUACCUGGGCCAGCUUAGUGCCUUUGGGAGAGGUUUUUUUUUGGUUUUAUGUUGAGUCAAUAACAAGCUUAAUCAUGAAUAUAAAACUCUCUGCUGAAUAAUAUUUGUAAUUUCUUCACUAAUGUUUGAAAUGUCUUUUUUUUUUUUUU